CUUUUCCUUUCUUUUAUGUGUAGUCUUGCUUUUUUUAUAUUAAUGACGAUGAAGAUAUGCAGAGAAUCGUGUGAAAGAAUGUCAAGAGACUGUUAAGCAAAUAUGCAUAGGCACGAAAAGUUAUGUACUCUUUCCUGCCAUGAACAUAUUCUACCUCGGUAUAGAUUGGUAGACUUCUCAAAUGGGUUUAUUGACAAUCAUACGAAAACAGAAGCUAAAAGAACGAGAGAUACGAGUACUUUUACUUGGUCUUGAUAAUGCUGGAAAAACAACUUUUUUAAAACGUCUACUUAAUGAAGAUGUUACAAGUGUCUCACCAACAUUUGGAUUUCAAAUUAAAACAAUAGAGCUAUCUGGAUUUAAACUCAAUAUUUGGGACAUUGGAGGCCAGAAAACCAUUCGUAAUUUUUGGAGAAAUUACUUUGAGGCAACGGAUUCAAUAAUAUGGGUCGUUGACGGACUCGAUGAAGAUCGAUUACAUACUUGCAAAAAUGAGCUUCAGAAGCUAUUGGAAGAGGAAAAAUUACUCGGUGCGAAUCUACUUAUAAUAAUAAACAAAAUGGAUGCCAUGGAACCAUCGGUCGUGGUAAAAGUUGAAGAUGAAGUUAAGGCGAUGAAGAUUAAAUCACAUCAUUGGAAGGUCAUUCCAGUGUCUGCCUUAACUGGUAAAAAUGUAGAGAAAGCAAUAAAUUGGCUAUUGGAAGACUUGAGAUCGACCAAAUUUGAUCCAUCGCCUCGAACACAAGCUGACAAAUAAUUAAAAUUUUCAUGAUUGAAGAUAAUUUGUAACACAUAAACCCUUGGUUUCUUACGCUCACCCACAUAUUAUGGCAUCG